AUGUCCGGAUUCGAGAUUCUUGCCGCAGUGACUAGUAUCACAGCAGCUUUCAAAGGUUCUGCAGCCCUCGUCGUCUCCUGGCAGGAGGGAAAGAGAGAACGUCAGGACAAUGGCCACAACCAACGGUUAUUAAGAUCACUCACCUAUGGAGCGGCAAGGGUCAAGUAUGAAUAUGACCAGCAUUUUGCGAGGCUAGGCCCAAGGCUUUCUUCUGGUAUCUCAAGAGCGGAGUUAGGCCAAUGCCUAGUUCAACUGCAGCAUCUAAAUGCCAUGAUCACAAUGGAGUCGGCUGGCGCCCAUCCAGUUGUGAUGCCAAGUCUGGCCACGAUGCUUGCUAUGUCGGAUAAUACAAGGGAAAGGGCCGUUGCUAUAUUAGAAGAGCAAUAUCAACGCAUGGCAGGACAAGUCGACCUUCCAUUGCCAUUUGUUUCUCGACUUCACCGUUGCGCAAUCCGUGGUUCUGUAGCCUCUGAAACGGGUAGAGGUGUGUUUCGGAGGGCAUCAACUGCGCGACAUCAAACUGGGGAAAUUAUGGCGUCGAGAUACUCAACAGGUGAUAAAGAGCCGGAUACGAAGUCUGACAGGCGACCGCGAAGUUGGAUGAACCAACAAGUGCCAACACCUCAUCCACCCGCUACACCAAGGCCACUUUCUGAAGGGUUUUACUCCUGA